AGUGGCGAGUUUUUUAAAUUGCUUUAAAUUAUUUAAAAAAAAAGUAAACCAGACAAAGUGUAGACGCAGUUGAAAGGAUUUCCGUCGUUUCGGAACAUAUAAUUUUUCCUUUCUUUUAAACAAUUUAAAGCAAUUUAAAAAACCCGCUACUGCGUAUACACGUAUGCAUACAAGCGCAUGCGCUCGACAUUUUAGUUGGCUGAAUUUUUCCCACGCGGCGCUACAAACUUUCUACCAACUUUUUACGUCAACUGUGGUUUACUGGUACGAUUGCGCUUGACUGUGCUUGACCAAGUGCCGUUUGGUGCCGUUGUGCCUGCCAUCUGUUGCCAUCUCUCGAUACAUCUGUCAACAUCAACGGCAUCGAAAUUUAUGGUUACGGGUUACGAAGAACCAAUGAGAUUCGCGCAGUCCUGCAGCAAACGCAAUUUUUGAUCCGUUGGCUUUAGCGUCCGAAGACGAAGAAAAUGUCCGAUAAAAUCGAAGAAACGACCGAAGAGGACAACUCGGUUACGAUGUUGGAUGUACUACGGGAGGAAAAGCAAUUGGAGGAAGACGCUUAUGCAGUCUUGGGCGCAUCCGAUGACAAGAAUUGCACUUAUAGCAAGGGAUAUACGCGGCAGGCACUUUACGCUUGCAAAACGUGUUGUCCAGAAUCGAUACGAGCUGCUGUUUGCCUGGCCUGCAGCUUUCAUUGUCACGAAGGUCACGAAUUGGUCGAACUUUAUACCAAAAGACAUUUCAGGUGCGAUUGCGGCAAUUCUAAAUUCGCAGGACAAAAGUGUAACUUGGACGUGGCAAAAGACUCUGCAAACUCUGAGAACCGUUACAAUCACAACUUUGACGGGCUCUAUUGCAUUUGCAAGAGACCGUAUCCAGAUCCAGAGGACAACGUGAACGACGAAAUGCUGCAGUGCGUAGUUUGCGAGGAUUGGUAUCAUUCCAUGCAUCUAGAAUGCGAAGAAGGCAUGCCGGUAGACGGAGCUUACGAUGAAAUGAUUUGCGCUGGAUGUAUGCGGAAAAAUGAGUUUCUUUGGAAUUAUGCAGCGAAAUACGGGGUGUUUGCGAAGAGAGAAAUUUCAUCGACCGGAACGCAAGUUGAAUGUAUCGACAUCGAAAACCAGCCUAAAGGAUGUACGAUGCCACGAAAGGAUUCUGUAAACAAGGUGUCGUCGAAAGGCAGCUGUUUCUGGUCCGAAGGCUGGAGAGCUGCUCUUUGUACGUGUAAGACCUGCACGAUGCUUUAUCAAGAGAAAAAUGUUACGUUUCUUCUCGACCCAACCGAUAGUGUACACGCUUACGAAGAAGCGGGUAAAAUUAACAGUCAAGAAUCGCGGUACGAAAAAGGUAUGAAGGCUCUCGCUUCUUUAGGUCGCGUCGAACAACUGACAGCCAUCGAAGAGUACAAUAAUAUGAAGGAGCGAUUGAAACAAUACUUGCAGAAAUUUGCUGAAAACAAAAAAGUGGUACGAGAGGAAGAUAUAAAGGAAUUCUUUUUAGAAAUGGAGUCAAAAAAGCGGCCAAAAGUCGUGGUACCGACAUACUGUCGCUGAAAUAAAUUAAUCAAGUAUCC